AUGGCUCUGACACCACACCGACCGAGCAGCUCAGAAGCUGCAGAUGUCCGAGACUCUCAGUCCAUCUGUCCACCUGUCUCCAUCUUGUCCACCUGUCUGUCCUCCAGCAGCAACAGUAUGAAGAAACAGCAAAGACUUUGGCUUCUGUUCUGGGCGUGUGUUUGUGGUGUUGGUUCAGUGUGUUGCUGGCACGAUUUGGAUAACAGCGAGUAUGACUGCUGGCCUCUGGACAGACCCAAUGAGUACAACAUGGUCGACUGUGGCGGUUUGGAGAUGGCUUGGAUUGUUCGUCCUCCAGAGCUGAUAAAGAGCGGCGAGGUGUUCAGCGUCACAUACUCAGUGACCGUCCAGGACUCUUUCUAUCACUGGGCUGUCCAAAACCGUGUCUUCACUCAAAGCUACAUAGUAGAUGCUGAUUCAGCUCGGAGGUUCUGUGAACAUCAUGAAUGUCCCGCCAACUGGAAAGACGCGAAUGGAGAGAACUGCUGCAUUCACCACGCUAACAUCCACUCCUGCCCGCUGGGAUACAUGACAGAGAGUAUUUGUGGCCCCUGGAUUCCUGAUGACGGAAAAAUCUUCACUCAUACCAUCUCGACCUCUGGCAAGAUGACCCAGACGAACUGGACUGCCAAGGUGGUUCUGUUCCAUCCUGGUUUGAACUCACUCAUCGCUCACAUACGGGUUGGCAUCAUGCAGGUUGCCCUGGAGGCCAAGACCACUGUGCUGCCUGCUGUGGUCUGUGGUGAUGGCAUCUGUGAGGAGGCAGAAUUUUGUUCCACCUGUCCAGCUGACUGUGGUGAAUGCCCGAUGUCCCCUUCCACUAAGAUCGCCAUCGGUCUGCCACUCAGCCUGCUCUGCCUCUCCUUCAUAAUGACUGCUGUGUGGCUGAGGUACCAGAAACAGAAGAUGUUGUGGGACGAAAGCUGGAUCAUUGACUUCUCUACAAUAAAACAAGAUCAGGAGGCUCACAUGACCAUGGGCAGCAUAAUGAGUGUACCGGUGGGGAACAGUGACAGUCACACCAGCUGUGUAUCUGCGCUGAGCACCUGUACUGGACAACUGGGAACCCGAAAACCAAUGUUCACCUGCACCGGCAUAUAUGAUGGCCGCACUGUGGCAAUCAAGAGGAUUCACACAAAGACGUUCUCUCUGUCCAAAACCAUCAGACAGGAAGUCAAGCAAGUCAGGGAGCUCGAUCACCCGAACCUGUGCAAGUUUAUCGGUGGCUGUGUUGACGUGCCAAAUGUUGCCAUAGUGACAGAGUACUGCCCAAAAGGAAGCCUUAAUGAUGUCCUUCUUAACGAGGAGAUCCCACUUAACUGGGGCUUCAGGUUUUCCUUUGCCACAGACAUCGCCAGAGGGAUGUCGUACCUGCACCAACACAAGAUCUGUCACGGCCGACUCAAGUCUCUAAACUGUGUCUUAGACGACCGCUGGGUCUGCAAAAUAACAGAUUACGGGCUGAGGAUCUAUCGCAGGGGCGAUGGGAUGGAGCCUCUUUCCACCUAUCAGCAGAGGCUCUUGGAAGUGUACAUGCCGCCUGAGUUUCCAAACGUUAACGCGGAGCCGACUCUGGCAGGAGACGUGUUCAGUUAUUCCAUCAUCCUGCUGGAGAUAGCAACUCGCAGUGACCCUGUCCCAGCAGAGGAGUCGAACAACGAGUGUUCCUGGUGUCCUCCUCUACCUGAGCUGAUCUCCAGUAAAGCUGACAAUACCUGCCCCUGUCCAGCUGACUAUGUAGAGCUGAUUCGGCGAUGUCGCUCUCAUAACCCUGCCCACAGACCCACCUUUGAACAGAUCAAGAAGUUUGUGCAUCGAAUUAAUCCCGUCAAAAUCAGCCCAGUGGACAUGAUGAUGAACCUGAUGGAGAAGUACAGCAAACAUCUGGAGGUGCUGGUGGCCGAGCGGACUCAGGAUCUGAUGCAUGAGAAACAGAAAACUGACAGGCUGCUGUACAGUAUGCUUCCCAAGCAGGUAGCUGAUGACCUCCGUCAGGGAAAACCCUCUCAGGCUCAGAGCUACGUCAGUGCCACUGUCUUCUUCAGUGAUAUUGUCGGCUUCACCCAGCUGUCCAGCAGCAGCACUCCCUACCAAGUUGUCGACUUCCUUAACAAGCUCUACACAACAUUUGACGACAUCAUUGACAAUUAUGAUGUCUACAAGGUGGAAACCAUUGGAGAUGCCUACAUGGUGGUGUCUGGCGUUCCACAGGAGAAUGGGAUCCUUCACGCCUCAGAGAUUUCCAGCAUGGCUCUUGAUCUGGUGGGUGUCUGUCGCACCUUCAGGAUCCCCCAUAAACCCAACACUCAGCUGCAGAUACGAGCUGGGAUACACUCAGGUCCAGUGGUGGCGGGGGUCGUUGGGACGAAGAUGCCUCGUUACUGCCUGUUUGGAGAUACGGUGAAUACGGCAUCUAGGAUGGAGUCCACAAGCGUUGCCCUGAAGAUCCAGUGCAGCUCCAGUGCAUUUUACUUGCUAGAGGAGAUCGGUGGCUACGUGCUGGAGUGCAGAGGAACACUCCAGGUCAAGGGGAAAGGUGACAUGGUUACUUACUGGCUGGAAGGAAAGAAGACUUCUCUGAUCUCCAAGGACAUCAUCACUGACCCAAAGGCAGCCAAACCCAUCAUCACGGAGGAAGAGAAGGAAGCAGAGAAGGAGCGAGAGCUGUAUUCAUCCAUUCCCGGGUAUCUGAACGACGAUCUGCUCCUGGACCCAGCCUGAACCCCAAACUCUGUUUUUUUUCUUUGGUUGUGUUGUCAUCAGUGUUAGCCUAAAAA